AUGUGUGACCAGCAGCAGAUCCAGUGCUGCCUGCCGCUCCAACAGUGCUGCGUCAAGGGUCCCUCCUUCUGCUCUUCUCACUCCCCCUUUGCCCAGAGCCAAGUGGUGGUUCAAGCCCCUUGUGAGAUGCAAAUUGUGGAGUGCCCUGCACCAUGCCCAGUUCAAGUUUGCCAGGUGACAGACCAGACUCCAUGCCAGUCUCAGACCACACAGGUGAAGUGCCAGUCUAAGACCAAGCAGGUGAAAGGCCAGGCUCCAUGUCAGUCUAAGACCACCCAGGUGAAGGGCCAGGCUACAUCCCAAUCUCAAACUCCCUCUGCUCAAAGCCAGGUUCCAUGCCAAUCUGAGGUGUCCUACGUGCAGUGCGAAGCCUCACAGCCUGUUCAGACUUGUUUCGUAGAAUGUGCUCCAGUUUGUUAUACAGAAACUUGUUAUGUAGAAUGCCCAGUCCAGAACUAUGUACCCUGUCCAGCUCCUCAGCCUGUCCAGAUAUAUGGAGGGCGUCCUGCAGUGUGCCAGACUCAGGGAAGGUUCUCCACCCAGAGCCAGUAUCAAGGCUCCUACAGCAGUUGUGGCCCCCAGUUUCAGUCAAGGGCUGCCUACAACAACUACACCCCCCAGUUCCAGUCGAGGCCUUUCUACAGCAGCUGUGUCCCUCAGUAUCGGUCCCGGGCUUCAUUUAGCCCCUGCGCGCCCCAAUGCCAGACCCAGGGCUCCUAUGGGAGCUUCACUGAACAGCACCGCUCUCGGAGCACCAGCCGAUACCUUCCUCCUCCUCGGCGGCUGCAGCUUUUUCCCCGCAGCUGUUCCCCACCAAGACGUUUUGAGCCCUGCUCCAGCAGCUACCUGCCAUUAAGACCCUCUGAAGGUUUUCCUAACUACUGCACCCCACCCCGCCGUUCUGAACCCAUCUAUAACAGUCGCUGUCCUCGACAACCCAUUUCAAGCUGCUCUCAGAGACGUGGCCCCAAGUGCCGAAUCGAGAUUUCCUCCCCGUGCUGCCCCAGGCAGGUUCCCCCACAGAGGUGUCCUGUUGAGAUUCCUCCCAUCAGACGCCGCUCCCGGAGCUGUGGCCCGCAGCCGUCCUGGGGCACCUCCUGCCCCGAGCUGAGGCCACAUGUAGAGCCACGUCCGUUCCCAAGCUUGUGUCCACCACGGCGUCUUGACCAGCGUCCAGAGUCACCACUGCAGCGAUGUCCACCUCCUGCUCCACGUCCACGUCUGCUCCCAGAACCAUGCAUAAGUCCAGAACCACGCCCGCGUCCUCUACCACGACAACGUUCAGAACCUUGUUUGUAUCCGGAACCACUUCCAGCACCACGUCCAACACCGCGGCCAGUUCCCCGUCCUCGCCCAGUGCAGUGUGAGAUUCCAGAGCCACGUUCACACCUGCAGCCCUGUGAGCACCCAGAGCCUCGUCCACGGCCAGAGCCAAUUCCCCUGCCAGCGCCCUGCCCAAGCCCAGAGCCCUGCAGGCAGCCUUGGCACAGCCUCAGCCCAUGUUGGGGCCCAAAUCCAGUUCCAUACCCAGGAGACCUAGGCUGCCAUGAGUCUAGUCCACACCGCCUAGACACCGAAGCUCCCUACUGUGGCCCAUCCAGUUAUAACCAGGGGCAAGAGAAUGGUGCUGGCUGUGGGCCUGGUGAUGUGUUUCCAGAGAGGAGGGGUCAGGAUGGCCAUGGAGACCAAGGCAAUGCCUAUGCUGGAGUGAAAGGGGAAGCAAAGAGUGCUUAUUUUUAA